GUCGGCGUCGCCGUCGCUGCCUUGGUUUCCGUUGCCUCGGCAGCGGGCCGAGUCGCACCUGGCGCUCAGUCGCAACUUUGGCGACCGAGCAACAACAUCACGUCGCAGGAAACGAACCACUCGCGUGACAUUGCACAGAAGUUGUAGUUUUUAUUAGAACUGUUCUGCGAGAGAGCGUGCAGUAAGUGUGAGAGCAACUCCGAAAGAAAGAGAUCUCCUCCCAGCUUCAGUCGGCGGCACCACUUCACUUGUUCGUGCUGCAUUUGCUCUUCGUAUGUGUUGCCUGCAACAUCGUGGCGCGGCUUUCGAUUUCCUAUUACUGUUUUUGCCGUUGCAUUCGUCUGUAAACGUGCGUACGUGUGUGUGUGUUGUGGGAAAAAUGCAACAAAUUAUAUGGCCGCUGGUUUUUGUGUUUUUUGUUAAUUAAACACGUUUUGUCGCUUGUAAUUGAGCCUCUAAUGGGCCGCAAAAACAGUGAAACAGAUGUUUGUUUGAACUGCUCAUCAGUUUGACGUUGAACAAAUGUUAGCCUGCACGGUCAGUAUAAAUGAGGCAUUAAGCCACAACUGCCAAUGAACCCCAACAACAGAAUCGGAGGCAGGUGCAGUCAAGGCGGGCUUAAUUAACAUGCAACUGGCAACGUUCCCGUCAGCAACAACAACAACCUAACGACAACAACACGUUGGAAAAAAGUGCUAUCCCAAGCUAUCAAAAAGCGAAAAAAGGUUUCCCUUUUGGUUUUUUGCGCUGUGUGCUUUGGCUAGAAGGUGACGAAGACGUCGAGCAGUCUUUGUUUUGCCCAUCACAAGACUAAUGAUGCUGGGACCGCAUGCAAGGCCUGCGCCCUGCAGCUGUUAUUUAAACUGCAACGGCAAAACAGAGGAAGAGGAGGAAGAACUGCAGCAUCCAAAAGCAAUUACGGUAGCAGAGGCAGAUAUACAGUGGCAGAGACAGCGGCAGCGGCAGUAGAAACAACAAGCAUCAACGGCAGACGCAACAGCAACAAACAAAGCAACAUGUCGCUGGUUUUGCGAAGUCAACGCGCCUUCAUUGAGGAAAAUGGUCGCUGGUUUUGCGAAGUCAACGCGCCUUCAUUGAGGAAAAUGGCAACAACAACAGCCACAUCGGAUGUGGGUCAACGUGAUGCCCGCACAAAGCCGCCAGUGCGGACCAGGCCAACACCCACAAUUGUGGUCUGUGUUGCAGAUACAGUGUUAAAGACACACUUAACUUGGCCGAAAAGGCAAAUUUGUCACUGCAUCACUCGGAAUGGGCGCCGCAACGCACUUUUCCAACGUCCAGACGCGAUUCGACCCACGCCCGCGGCUAAGAAAAUAUCUUUCGACUCCCUAAUGGAAAUCACUUUUGGCAAGACCCAUGCUCCACCAGCCGAUCGAUCCUCCGACUGCGACGUUUAAUUAAGCCCAAAGCCAAGACCCAAACUGGUUUCGGGCUUAAACUGAAAUAUUUACCGCGAUAUCAAAUAAUUUGGUCUCUUUCUCGUUUGCCAAUUUAUGACAGGCGGAUGUGAGGUGACAGCUCAGGCUGUGGGCGUGGCCCGUGUUGAUAGCUCAUGUGCCAUUCGCUCAUUCGGCUCUGGCGUUAAUUGCGACAAUUAAAAUGGGAAAUGUAAAUGUCACCUGGCCGCCGAAAUCCACUCAUUAGCCACACACGAACUUUAUGACACGUUCAAAGAAUCAUAAAAAAUAAAACCUACUAGGGUAGGGCCAGCAUUAAUUGGGUAAUUAAAAGUCAAGAAAUGAAUACCCCGCGACGCGUCUGGGGAGCAUUCUAAAGAAAAUAAAAAGGAAAAUCUAAUGUCUGAAGAGAAAAUAAACCGAAGGAAUGGGGAAUGAGUUCAAAAAGUCUAAGCGAUAUAAAAAACACUCGAAAUUGUUAAAUAUUGAAUUACAAACAAAAUGUUAGAAAAAUCUAUAGGAGGGCGAGGCGUAUCUCUCCAAACUCGAAAACACUUGAUUUUCAUUUAGUCGUUUUCUAUGGAAAUAUGAAUAUUGUAUACAAAAUUUCAUGCUCUAUUUCAAUCG